AACUCUUCCUGACUUCCUCAACCCCUACUAAGCCCUGGAGUAACAAUAAGCGGCCCUUUUCCCAACUCCGCCUCCAACAAUGGCUAUCGGUUUCGUAUUCGAAGCUCCUAGCGACGAAGAAAUCGAGCGCUCUGAUUCCGAAGACGAAGAACAGGAGCAAAGCCAAGAAGAAGAAGCAGAAGAGCAAAGUGAUUAUGACAACGACGACGACGACGACGAAGAGGAUGCAGAAGGAAGAACACGAGUUUCGAACAAGAAAUCUCAAUCCCCGUGGGACUUCGCGAAGUACUCUGAAUCCGUCUCGGAGGAACAUGCCCGACGAAGCACAACCUCGGUAGAUCAGAAAAUUGCCAAAGCCAUUAAAGAACGUUCCACCCCGCUCAGAAAGCCCGUCGAAGAUGACCAGGAGAGCUCCGAGUCCGAACCCGACAAACAAGAGGACUACAAAUCAGAAGAGGAAGAAGAUGAAGGUGGCAAUGCAAGUGAGAGCAAGUCUUUCUUCGCGCCAUCUGACGGAGCUUCGUUCCAUGCUGAUUCAUUCAUGGAGCUUAAUUUGUCGCGUCCUUUGCUCCGGGCUUGUGAGGCCUUAGGAUACGUUAAACCGACACCAAUUCAGGCAGCGUGUAUACCACUUGCAUUGACUGGUCGUGAUAUAUGUGGUAGUGCCAUUACCGGUUCGGGGAAGACAGCUGCCUUCUCACUGCCUACUCUGGAGAGGCUUUUGUACCGUCCGAAGCAUGUGCAGGCCAUAAGAGUCCUCAUUCUUACUCCAACCAGAGAACUGGCUGUCCAGGUUCACAGUAUGAUAGAGAAGCUUGCUCAGUUUACUGACAUAAGGUGUUGCCUGGUUGUUGGGGGUUUGUCUACAAAGGUGCAAGAGGCAGCCUUGAGAUCAAUGCCAGAUAUUGUUGUGGCUACUCCUGGACGCAUGAUAGAUCAUUUACGCAAUUCCAUGUCAGUGGAUUUAGAUGACCUUGCUGUGCUAAUCCUUGAUGAGGCUGAUCGUCUAUUAGAGCUUGGAUUUAAUGCUGAAAUUCAUGAACUUGUUCGCUUGUGUCCCAAGAAAAGGCAGACCAUGCUCUUUUCAGCCACCAUGACUGAGGAGGUUGAUGAACUUAUUAAGCUUUCUUUAACGAAACCCUUGCGUCUGUCUGCUGACCCAUCUGCAAAACGGCCAGCAACCUUGACUGAGGAGGUGGUUAGAAUAAGAAGAAUGCGUGAAGUAAAUCAGGAAGCGGUUCUUCUCACACUCUGUUCCAAAACUUUUACAUCUAAAGCGAUCAUAUUCAGUGGAACAAAGCAAGCUGCGCAUAGGUUGAAGAUUAUAUUUGGACUAGUUGGUCUGAAAGCUGCUGAACUUCAUGGAAAUCUCACUCAGGCCCAGCGUCUUGAAGCUCUAGAGCAGUUCAGGAAGCAGCAAGUUGACUUUUUAGUUGCUACUGAUGUGGCCGCUCGAGGCCUAGACAUCAUUGGUGUCCAAACUGUCAUCAACUUUGCAUGUCCACGGGAUCUUACCAGUUAUGUUCAUCGAGUAGGACGUACUGCAAGAGCUGGCAGAGAAGGAUAUGCUGUCACGUUUGUGACUGACAAUGACCGCUCACUUUUAAAAGCAAUUGCAAAGAGGGUGGGUUCAAAGCUGAAGAGCCGUAUUGUUGCAGAGCAGUCUGUAGUUAAGUGGUCUCAUGCAAUUGAGCAAAUGGAGGAUGACAUUGCUGCAAUUCUCGAAGAAGAGAGGGAGGAAAGAGCCCUAAGGAAAGCUGAAAUGGAAGCAACAAAGGCUGAAAACAUGAUUGAGCAUAGGGAAGAGAUAUAUUCCCGCCCCAAAAGAACUUGGUUUAUGACAGAGAAGGAGAAGAAGGUUGCUGCAAAGGCAGCAAAGACUUCUAAUGAAAAGGGAAAGAGCUCUGGAAAGGAAGUUAUUAGCGCGGACCAAGCUGAAGCCCUAAGAAUGAAGGAAAAGAGGAAGCGAGAGAGAGAAAAAAAUUUACCCAGGAAGAAGCGCAGAAAAUUGGAAGCUGCUAGAGAGAUGUUAGAGGAUGAAGGUCAUUUUGAGAAGCCAGAAGCUAAUGAGAAAAAUAAGAAAGAAAAGACUGGAAUGUCACUCGUUGACGUGGCAUACCGACGGGCAAAAGCAGUUAAAGCUGUGAAGAAGGCUCUAGAUUCUGGCAAAAUUGUGAAGAAGGGUAAAAAGAAAUCGAAUCAUUCUUCACGAAAGACUCCUUCAAGGACAGAUGAGAUGCGGGAGCUUUUUCAAACUGAUAUGAGCGAGAAAAAACAAAAAAGAAUUGGUGGACCAGGGAAGAAGUCCAAAAGCUCAUUCAAAAGCAAGUCAAGGUAUAAGCGCAGGUAGUUUGUUUGUUAUGGCAAGAGUGAAUUUUGAUCAAAUGUAUACCUCAAAAGCCGGUGCUUGAACGCAUUGUUGUGGGAGGAUUUUGACACUUAAAUCCGUAUGCCAUACUCAUAUUCCACCAUUAGAGCUGAUGAAUGAAGCUGUGGCUGUGCGAGUGCGAGAAUAGUGACAGGCAAGCGGACCUAUGUGGGAAACAGUGAAUAUAACCUGAUGGGGACAUGGUGAAUGGAUCUGCAAGUAUCUUCUGACUCUUCAGCAUGUCAGCAUGAAUAUUCUCUCACUCCAUUGUACCAUAGCUUGAUAUUUUCUCAAUUUUGUAAUCUAGGCAUCAGACGUUAACGUUUUAUUGAUUACUUAAUGUAAAAUCAUUUAUGACAGAAUUAUCUUUGGUAGUUUUUGAAUUUUUGAAUUUGAAUUUAAAUUUAGAUAUUAAA